AUGCCGAUGCUGAAGCUGAGUGACAGUCAAGAAGCUUACCUCACAGUGGGGGUCACUAUCCUCGAUAGCCGCCACGACCCAACUCCGCCCCCGCGAGCAGACAUGCCGCAGCUCUUUCGCGUCGAAAUCCAGCGAGCUGUAUCUUUGAGGAACGCGGACUGGGUACCUGGGACAAACAUCUCGGACCCGUACGUGAAAUGCCAUUUGCGCUCUGGCGAUGGCAGAACCGUGUCUGGCGACAAAGCCUCGCUCCGCACACCGACCAUUAAGAAUUCGACCGAACCGGUCUGGGACUUUUCCGGCAGCCUGUCCGUCCCCAAGGGAGCAGAGCUGGUUUUCGAGGUUCUUGACCAAGACUUGACCGGGAGCGAUUUCUUGGGCCGUUCGGUGGUCAACUACGAGAAGUUGUCCUCUGGCAACUUUAAGGAGGAUCUGGUCCUCGAGGGCUCGCAGAGCAACAGAAAGGCUAGGCUCAGCGUCCGCAUCGCAACCGUCGAGAUUGAGAUCGAGCGGCUGAAACGCCUUGGAGCUCAGCAAGAGAAGCUGGGCUUCCACGAGCAGGCUCAGAAGUGCUACAGCUCAGUGGAUGAGAUCCACAAGGAUGCGAACAGCUACCUGAGUGCAGAUGGCAUCGAGAACCUGCAGGCCCUGGCCCGCAUCGCGAAGCAUCUGAUGGCCUUCGAUCAGUCCCUGGUGCACUUGCAGGAAGCCCGGCGCGUGUCUUUGCUCCUGUGCCGAGCAAAGAGUCUGCACUUCGCGCAGCUUCUGGCAGAAAUGG